ACGCAUGCGUAGUGAAAUUUGCGUGGUAGUGUGGUUUGAUUUUUACAGAGAAACGGAAAAUUUUGUGUUCAAAUUUUAGUUGAGAAUUCACUCAAAAAAUUGUACAAAUAUCACAUUUGAAGAUGAACUUUUGAACAGCAGGUGUAACCCACUCUUUCGUGUGAAAGAUGGCGGUUUUAAAGGAGAAAAUACAAUUGUUUUCAACGAUAUAAAUGUGUUUGUUGCUAUCCAACGACGAUACUACGUCCAUCUUUAUUCGGGCGAGCUGAAUCGCUUUUGCCACCUUUUACCCCUGGCUUUUGGCUCACGUCGUUCGUGUAUGAGUUUGCUGAAGAUUGCAGUUUGAAGAUAUUCAACUUCUAUUGAACAAUGUCCGUCGUUCACUACAAAUUCAAAAACAACUUGGAGUACAAAACCAUAUCCUUUGAUGGACUGUCCAUCUCUCUUGGAGAUUUCAAAAAGUCCAUUAUGUCACAGAACAAGACGAAAUCCUCAGAGUAUGACUUGGAAGUCACGAACGCACAGUCUAAAGAAGCAUACACAGACAAUACAACUCAGAUCCCAAAGAAUGCCUCAGUUAUCAUCCGAAGAAUUCCACUUGGCCCAAAAGGAAAAGCUUUAACUGCAGCCGAAAGACCACAGUCCCCAGCAGAAGCAAAACCAACUGAAGAUCAAGAUGUGAUGCCAGUUGUACCUUUGAGUAAACUAAACAAGGUCGCAGAUCUGGCGUCUGCAAACGCCUCCGAAGAAGACAAGAUUGCCGCGAUGAUGAAUCAAGCGGGAGAGGACUGGGACCCAUCAUCGUAUGCUAAACCAAAAGGCCGUCAAUUCAGCGCUGCCCCACGUCAACCACCUCCAGCUCAUUACAUGUGCUUCCGAUGUCGAAAACCAGGCCAUUGGAUACAGAAUUGUCCGAAGAACAACGAUCCCAAUUACGACAUGAAGGUGCGUCGGACCACAGGAAUCCCAAAGAGUUUCCUCCGUCUAGCCGACAAGCCGACACAGAAAGGAGCGUUAUUGAUCCCAGAUACAGGACAGUAUGCUGUGCCCAUAGUUGAUCACAAUGCAUACGAACAGGCUGCAACAAAGAAGCGGGCCAACAACUCCCAAGGUUUGGUUGAAGCCGAGAAACCGAUUCCACCAGAAUAUUUCUGUCCGAUCUGCAAGAAGAUCAUGAAUAACGCUGUCGUUAUUCCGUGCUGUGGUGAAAGCUUCUGUGAUUCAUGCAUCGAGAAAUAUCUUCUGGAAAAUGAUCAUGUUUGUCCAUCUUGUCAAACGGAAGAUGUGCUACCAGCGUCCAUUGUCAUUAACAAGCAUCUUCGCCAGGCAAUCAUCAAGAUCAGAUCAUCCGGUUUCGAAGGUGGUUCAUUAUCUGCCACGUCGUCUCCCAGUGCCCAUCGCGAUGGUGAUAGUAACAUCACUCAAGGAAGGUCGACUCCAGUACCUCCAGCUGCAACAACUGCUGCUGCUGUUGCCGUUGUGUCUAGUGGCUCGACAGCUUCUGUUGCAACCGAAUUAUCAAAACCGGCGCAAACGAGUACAGUUACUGCCACCUUAACGACGUCCGCACCACAGGCAACACCUGCUAUUGUACCGGCGAACGCAACCGCACCAACAGUAAUCAUGCCCAAAGUUAUACCACAACCAGCUGUUCUUGAUCCUCGUUUACACAGACCCGAGGGUAUGGUGCAACCUAUGGCUGUCCCCGUUCCAGCAGCACCAAUACACCGUCCGGCCUACGUAGUGCCAGUCACACGCACUUACCAACCUCACCACUCGAUUGUUCACCCGAUUGUACCUAACAUCCCUGCUCCCUACGGUCAUAUCGCUCAUCCUGCCCUCGUACCAACCCGUCAUACAUUACCAUUUACCAACAUGGAGCCAGGCAUGAUGAUGAACGAAGAGGAAUUUUACAGAGCUAAGAAGAAAUUACAUGAAAGUAGAGGAAGGCGAAAACGCCGUAAAGACGACAGUGACCGAAAAAGUCGAAAGAAAGAUCGAAGUCGGAGUGGACGAGACCGACGAGAAUCGCCGAGCUCACGCCGAUCACCUACCGAUGCCCGUUCGAGAAAACGUUCAAGGUCCUGGUCGCGAACUGGCUCCAGCUCUCGCUCGUCAUGGUCACAUUCUUGGUCCAAGUCCCCUUCGCGGUCGUAUAGUCGAUCGAAGUCGCGUACACCGGUGAACUGGGACCGAUCACGAUCGCCCUCGAGGGAGAGCGAAAGAAGAAAACGAAAGAAACCGGAUGUUAAAGAAACAAAGAAACGAACCAAAGCCGUGAAUGAUUUGCCAGAGAAACGAACUGUUAAACUUGCAACUACGAAAGACUCGAAGGGAAAAGGAGACAAUGAAAACGAAAAAUCAGAGAAACGAACGAUAAAACAGGACGGUAAAACCACAAAACCAGCGAAGGAAAAAUUAAAUGUUGAACAUGACAAUAGUGUUUCUGAGAAACGAAAGAAAGAUGACCCGAAAGAGGUUAAGAAAACAUCCAAACAAAAUGAUGAGGUUGAAAGUAAUGUUUCUGAGAAACGUAAGAAAAAUGAACCGAAAGAUACAAAGAGACCAAAACAUAGUGACGAUGUUAGCGGUAAUGUUUCCGAGAAACGGACGAAAAAUGAGUCGAAAGAUACAAAGAAAGUGUCUAAACCAAGUGGCGAUGCUGUUGAUGGUAGCGUUUCCGAGAAACAGAAGAAAAGUGAGCCAAAACAAACAAAAAAAGUUGUUGACAGCAAUGUUUCCGAGAAACGGAAGAAAAAUGAGCCGAAGGAGGCUAAGAAAGUGUCGAAGCUGAGUGAUGAUGUUCCUGAGAGUAGUCUUUCCGAGAAACGACGAAAAAACGACCCAAAAGAUACAAAGAAUAAAUCGGAACUGAGUGAUGAUGCUCGUGGAAAGCAAGCGGUUAAGACUGUAAAAUCAAACGAACAGAGAACGGAGGAGAAAAGGAAGUCUGAUACACGUGAACGUAUUUCAGAAAAGACGAGCGUUAAAGUAAGCGUUAAGGAAAGCAGUAAAGCCAUUGUGGUGAAGGAGUCGAAAGGUAACGUUAAAAUGUCUCAACGGGAUGUUGAAACUGCAAGAAAUAAACGAAAAGUUGUUGUUCAGUCCAAGAAGGAGAUCAAAAAGAAACCAUUAGACAGUGACGAUGGCGGCAAGAAAGGAAAACAAAACGUUAAGAGUACGAAAUCAAACAGGGAUGUCAAAAAGAAAUUUUCAGAAGAAAGCGACAGUUCUGACAGUCCGGAGGAAAAACGAAAAGCUAAAACAACCAAAUCUGCCGAAGCGAAAAGAGACGUUAAGAAAAAACCGAAGAUUGAAUCUAAUGUCGACGAUGACAUCGCAGAGAAACGGAAGGUUGACGCUGGAAAAUCAAGCAAGCUGAUGAAUUCGGCAAAGUUUGUGAAAAAGACAAUGUGUGAUGCUUUUGAAUCGUCGCAGAAAAAAGUCUCAGUUAAGAAGAAAUCUCAGGUAGAAUUAGAUAAAAUUGAGCGGUCAAAGGAGGUCGUUUAUCAGUCCAACAUAGCCACAGUUAGGAAAUGCUCAAUAUCCGAUCUUAGAGAUAUCGUUAAGAAAGGCUCUGCUAGGGACUUUGUGGAUCCGGUUAAAAAUCUUAAGAAAAAAUCGAAUUCGAACAAUAAAGAGUCCAUGGGGAGCAAAUUCGCGGGUAAGUCAUCGGAUUUACCGCGCGAAAAAGGAAAAGAUUUUCGUGAGAAAGAACUCGUGGAUGACAAAGACCGUAAAAGAAAAAAAGAGGAUUUAUUUGAUGAAAAGAGGUUUUCUUCGUCAAAAGGAGAUAGCCGAGGUUCCAGCCCUGUGGUUGAAAAAAGACACAAAAGUGAACGCAUUGUUAAAGAUGAUCGUGAAAGCUAUCAGCAGAAAACUGAAAAGACUAAGGACAAAAAAGCGAAAGAAACCGCUAAGGGUAAUAUUUUUGCGGUUGAGGAAAAACGGAAAGAAAGGCCUUCCAAAGACAAUAGACUUAUUGAGGAAAAGACUUUAAAGGAAGGCAGAAAAGACAAUUUGAAAAAGACUUAUAGUAGCGGUGAUAUCCGUGAAGUUAGUUUAAAAUCUUCUCAUAAAGAGAAAUAUUCUGUAGGUAAAAUAAAACACCGAGAAAGUGAUGGUUUGGGCAAUUUGAAUGUCGAAAAGUCUAGAGUUCGUUAUAAAUCUGAUGAUAGCUCGCUUUCUGAAGAAGACGUACAAAAGAAAGCCAAGAAACGGAAAGAGAGGACAUGGAGUUCUGAAUCUGAGGAUAGUGAUGAUGGAAGAAAGAUUUCUCGGAAACGUUCAAAAAGUGAUGAUGAGUAUUCCCGGGAUUCCGACGAAAUUUCUGAGAAACCAAAGAAAAGAAAGAAAAAGAAAUCCUCGCUAAACGAAGAUGAGCGAAAGGAGGCGAAACACAAGAAGAGAAAACAUAAAAAGAAGCACAAAAAGCAUAAACAUAAGAAGAAAUCUAAACGCAAAGAAAGAAGGCGAUCUGGAGCUUAUUCCAGUGAGGAUGAUGAUGAUGAGUCCGGAGGAGAACGUGGAGACAGUGAUGCCGAAGCUGGAGAGAAAAGUCGUGAUAAACGUGGUGUUAAUGACGAAAAAAUAUCUCUCAAUAGUGAGUCACAUGAGGCUGAAUCUGAUGUGGAACGAGAGUCCGGAAGCGAGGCUGGUGAUGAUAAUAGAAGUGGCGCAGAUAGUUUAAUAGUUGAGGUGAAUUCUGGGAGCGGUGAGAUCAGCGAUGAUGACGUCAUUAUGGGACAGGAGGACAUUGAAGUGGAAAAUGUAGCUGAGGUUUCGGAAGUAACAGGAGGUAGGAAUGAUGACGAUGAUGAAGUGGAAGAACUGGAUUAUGACGAGGAAGACCUGCAUCAGGAGAUGAGCGAUGAAGGUGUUCAGGAGAUUGACGUUGAUAAUGAGGGUGAAGAUGAGGAUAGCGGUGGCGAUGAUGUUGACAGGAAUGACGACGAGGAGUCUGUUGAGGGUGAAGAGGUUGAUUCUCAGGGUGAAGCAGAUGAGGAAGACGAUGAAGAGAAUGAAGGAGAUGAGAUUGGAUCUGAGGUUGAGGAAGAAGUACUAGAAGAAGGACAGCAGAAUAUGGAGGAAGACGUCGAAGAAGAAGAAUUCGAACAGGAUGAGGCAGAGAAGGAUGAUCAGGUUGAGGAAGAACAGGAGAAUCAGGUUGAGAAAGAACAGAAUGAUCAGGUUGAAGCACAGGAAGAUCAGAUUGAGGAAGAACAGAAAGAUCAGGUUGAGGAAGAACAGGAUGGAAAGUUUGAGAAUGCGCAGGAUAUAUUUGGAGAAAGUUUGGAAGAAGAUGAGACCAUUGAAGAGGAAGUCGUAGACAUUGAAGUGGAAGAAAUGGGAGAAAUAGAGCUUGAUCACGACGUUGAGAAUGAACAAGCGUUAGACAGGGAAAUUAUUGACAAGGAAAAUGAAAUUACCCAAGUAGAAGUUCAGGAAAACGAUGUACUUGAAGCUGAAAAUAACGUGAUCGAGAAGGAAGCGGAUGCCAUGGUGGAUGAAGAAGAGUUAUUGGCGGAUAGUAAUAUUGUAGAAGCGUCUCUUCAAGACAAAGUUGAUAAUCAACCAGUUGGAGAUGAUCUGUUCGAAGAAGCGUUGCUAAGAGACGCUAAAUAUGACGAAAGCGCUGACGUUGAACUUCUCUAUGGUGACAUCACUGGCAACCUGGGUGAGGGCGGCACUGAUGACGUCGAAAAAAACGUAACUGAUGACGUGUGCGAUGAUGUCACUAGUGACGCACGUAAUGAUGUCACAAAUGCUGUCGUUGAUGACAAAGGAGAGAACGAAGGUGAAAGAAGGAAACUAAGUGAAGAUAACUUGAGAGAAACUGCAUCUGAACAUACUUCUGUGGAACUAAGCAAUAAUACUGACUAUAUGAAAGAACAAGAAAAUAGCGACCGAGUAGCCGCCGAAGACCACAAAGCUUUAGUAGCAUUUAGCAACGAAGAAAGCGGUGGAAAAACGCGUAAUAACGGCGAUCAAAUCCGCGCUAACCAACAACAACACAAUUCAUUCAAAGCCUACCCAAGUUAUGACUCAGGUGUGGGAACAGGAUCCUCUCUCGAGAUGUUGGACGACUACGAUGAUCCCGACUAUACUUCAUUCCGAAAUUUUGCCAAAACAUGACGAACACCGACCGACGUUUUCCGAGCGAUGACGAACGUAUGGCACCGCAGAAUUUUUUUGAAUUGCGGCACAAUUUUCAUAAUGUAAUAUUUUGUGCAAACUUGAAACUCGAUUUGUAGUCUUGUGUUUGUAGUUCACGUUCUUUUGGGGGUUGUUUAAUGUUGUAAUAGUGUGAUAACAUUUACCAUACAUGACUUUUAAAACAUUUCAUUUCCGCAUGCAUCACGCAUUGAACAUACUGAAGGUUUGGAUGGCUUUUCUUUCCUUAUAGAACACUUUGUUAAAUCUUCCUGUCGUUGUUGGUGUUUCUGUAGUUAACCUUUGACUGUUGGUGUGGUGUUUCGAAAAAAGAAAAGGUGUAAAAAUAUUUAUUUUCGUAUAU